AUGGCAGCCAGUAAACCAAAAUAUCCACUGGGCUCUCCUCAAGAGCAUAUUGAAAUGUGUAAAGCCCACGAUUUACCUAUUGAUGUUAUAUGUGAGGACUGUGAUGAAUUUAUUUGUGGUAAGUGUGCCAAAACAGAUCAUAAGGAGCAUGAAUGGAGCACUAUAUCCACGGCAGCCAGCCAAAGGAGGAGAGGUCUACUUAAAUUACUGAAGAAGAUCAAGGAAGAGAAUCUGCCUUGGAUUGAAGAAAAGCUGGAGAAAGUUUCAAAUAGGAUCACGGAAAAUAAAGAACUGUGUGAUGCUGAGGUUAAAAAACUUCAGAAGCAUGUUGAUGAGAUAAUGGCUAGGUUGACAGAAAUCAGGAAAAAUAAUGAACGAAGAUUAACAGAGAAUUUGGUGGAAAAAAAUAAAAAGUUGAAUGAAGUGAAAUAUAAGUUAGACAAAAGGAAGAAAGAAAUAGAAGAGAUGGUAAAGUUUAUGGAGGAUAACAACAGCACCAUGUCUGACUACGGUUUCCUAGAAAACCACAGGGAACUGUCCAAAAGGCUGACUGGUCAGGAUGUUUAUUUCAACAACUUUAAUUAUUCAGUGAGAUACGUUAAAGGAGAAAUCAGUGAUGAGGUGAUGAAGAAUAUGAUAGGAAAAACUCAGGAUUUAAACAAUAUCAGUUUGACUGAAACAAACUCAUUUAAAUAUGGAGAUGAAAUAAUAGCUGUAUUGAGGGCAUUGUGUGAAGAUCAGUGUUACAUAGGAGAUAUAAAGUCACCUUACAUUGAACAAGUAAAUAAAAAUGGAUCCGUCUCAACAGUCGUCGGUACAGAUCCUCUGUUACCAUUAGGAAUCUGUCAAUCAGUGGACGGUGGACUACUGGUCACUUUGAGAGACGAGGAAUCAGAUGAUUACAAAUUAGAAUCAAACAGCAGACGUCUAAUGAGACACAUCACAGUGACAGGUGAGCUCAUCCAUGAGUAUGAGUACCAGGAGGAUGGUCAGACCAGACUGUUUACAUAUCCAUACAGAGUCACACAGAACGGUAACAGAGAUAUAUGUGCUGUGAACCUUACAGGUGGCUCUACGGGUGAUGUUAUGAUUAUGUCACCUUCUGGUCGUAUGAGGUCUGUCUACCGUGGACAGAACCUGACAAAGAACUUUAAUCCCAAUGAUGUAGAGUGUGACUCUCUCUGUAACAUCCUUGUUACUGACUAUUACAGCAGACAGAUGUAUCUGCUGAGUCUUGACGGGGAGUUCCUGAAGUUUUUACUCCAGGAGAAUGAAGUGAACCGUCCAGUCAGAUUAUCACUGUACAAGUCUACACUGUGGGUGGGAUACUAUGAAGGACUUGUCAAAGUGUUUCAAUACACAGUGUAA